CUGCCAGGCCCUCCUCCUCUCCCCACCCAGAGGCCAUUACACACAGCCGGGGGAAGUAGCUCGGGUGUGGUUUGUGUAGAUAAUCUUCUAGUUACACGUUCCUGCUGUCCCAGGCAGAGAGAGAAGAAGCCGCUGUCUCCCGCUGGUAAAUUAUCCUGAUUCCCAUUAAAGCAGCAUGGCACUUGUAUGGGUUGGCAGCAGGGGAACAGUUAAAGAUUCCCCAGGAUUCGGUGCAGGCAGAGAUGCUGAUUCAGUCAGGAAAGCAAUCCAAGGCCUUGGAACUGAUGAAGAUUCAUUAAUCAACAUUCUGACACAACGGUCAAGUUCACAAAGACAGCUUAUUGCGAAAGAAUACGAGGCAGCCUGUGGCAAGGAACUAAAAGAUGACUUGAAAGGUGAUCUUUCUGGAAACUUUGAACACCUGCUGGUAUCACUGACAUUGCCUCCUGCUUAUUUUGAUGCAAAACAACUAAAGAAGGCCAUGAAGGGCACAGGAACAUCUGAAAAUAUUUUAAUAGAAAUUCUAGCGUCAAGAACCAGCAAACAAAUGAAAGAAGUGGGGGAUGCUUACUACACAGUGUAUGGGAAAAGUCUGGGUGAUAACAUCAGUUCAGAGACCUCAGGUGACUUUAGGAAAGCGUUGCUGUUCUUGGCUAAUGCCAGACGUGAUGAAAGUUCAAAAGUGGAUGAACAUCUUGCUAAAAAGGAUGCAGAGAUUUUGUACAAUGCUGGGGAGAAGAAAUGGGGGACAGAUGAAGACAAAUUUAUUGAAGUUCUUUGUUUGAGAAGCUUUCCACAGCUUAGGCUAACAUUUGAUCACUAUAAGACCAUCUGCAAUAAAACCAUAGAAGAGAGCAUAGAAGGAGAAAUAUCUGGUCACCUGGAGGAUUUGCUGAUUGCCAUAGUGAAAUGUGCAAGGAAUACGCCUGCUUUUUUUGCUGAAAGGUUACACAAAGCUAUUAAGGGUGCUGGGACAGAUGAGUACACUCUGACAAGAAUUAUGGUCUCCAGAUCAGAAAUUGAUCUCCUGGAUAUCCGCGCAGAGUAUAAGAAACUUGCUGGGGAAUCCUUGUGUUCAGCAAUCAAGUCUGAUACAUCAGGGGACUAUGAAGCAGCCCUGCUAAAGCUCUGUGGAGGUGAUGACUAAAGGAAGAAAUGUGGUCUUUAACUUCAAAUCUUAUACUGUUUGGUUCCUGCUAAAAGUUAACGCAAUAACUGCAUAACAGCUGCUAAAUAAAAAUAUAUCAACACUA